GGCCUUAGCAGGGGCGGGGCGGGGCGGGGCAGGGUCGGGCUGGGCUGGCCAGGGCGUUUCCGUUGCACCGAGCCGCGGAGUACUGCCCUGUUCCUCGGCGUGAGCAUCGGUCCCCUUCUCGUCCGCAGUCUGCGCUCUACCGUCCUGCUCCGGCUCGCUCCUGACCGACAGCAUCAUGGCCCAGGUUCUCAGAGGCACAGUGACUGACUUCCCUGGAUUUGAUAGCAGGGCUGACGCAGAAACUCUUCGGAAGGCCAUGAAAGGCUUGGGCACUGAUGAGGAGAGCAUCCUGACCCUGCUGACGUCUCGAAGCAAUGCUCAGCGCCAGGAAAUCGCUGAGGAGUUUAAGACUCUGUUUGGCAAGGACCUUCUGGAUGACCUGAAGUCAGAACUGACUGGGAAGUUUGAGAAACUAAUUGUGGCUCUGAUGAAGCCUUCGCGGCUCUAUGAUGCCUACGAACUGAAACAUGCUCUGAAGGGAGCCGGGACCAAUGAAAAAGUAUUGACAGAGAUUAUUGCCUCAAGGACACCCGAAGAGCUACGGGCCAUCAAACAGGUUUAUGAGGAAGAAUACGGUUCCAGCCUGGAAGAUGACGUGGUUGGGGACACCUCAGGGUACUACCAGAGGAUGUUGGUGGUCCUCCUUCAGGCAAAUAGAGACCCCGAUACUGCGAUUGAUGAUGCUCAAGUUGAACUGGAUGCUCAGGCGCUGUUCCAGGCUGGGGAGCUGAAGUGGGGGACAGAUGAAGAAAAGUUUAUCACCAUCUUUGGGACACGCAGUGUGUCUCAUUUGAGAAGAGUGUUUGACAAGUACAUGACAAUCUCAGGAUUUCAGAUUGAGGAAACCAUCGAUCGAGAGACUUCCGGGAACUUGGAGCAGUUGCUCCUGGCUGUGGUGAAGUCUAUUCGGAGCAUACCAGCCUACCUUGCAGAGACCCUCUACUAUGCGAUGAAGGGUGCCGGGACGGAUGAUCACACCCUCAUCAGAGUUGUGGUGUCGAGGAGCGAGAUUGAUCUGUUUAACAUCAGGAAGGAGUUUAGGAAGAACUUCGCCACUUCUCUGUAUUCUAUGAUCAAGGGCGACACAUCUGGAGACUAUAAGAAAACUCUGCUGCUGCUCUGUGGAGGAGAGGAUGACUGAGAGAGCCAGGAGUACAUAGUGCCGUCUCCUCCAUCAGCUUCCUUCAGCGACUGCAGCCAUGCUCACCUUCCUGUGCCUGACAAGCUGCCUUACUUGUGCUAGCAUGCUAAUCAUCAGAUGUGUCACAGAUGGCAACAGUGGCACGACCUCCUGAUCUCCCUGUUGACAUUAGUGCUGGCCUUAACUCCCAUGUGUGUCUGAGUUAUUAAUAUUGUCUGUACUGAGGGCAGAUUGCUUUUUAUAAUCUUUUUAAAGCUUCCUUUAUAUUAAUAACUGUAUUACCUUGAUCGGAACCUUAGCCGUGAAAUUGUGAACUCCUAGAAAUGCUGCCAAUCAAGCUCAGUGCUUUAUUAGACCUACAACAUUAUGAAGGUCAUAUCAGGAAGAUUAAUGACAAAUAAACAUUCCCUUCCCUCGGAAUCCUAUGUGCGUCGACAAAGCUUAUCUAACAUUGAUGCUCUUUUGAAUCCUGGCAUUUGACAGUGGUAUUAGUAAAAGCUAAAAUUAUAGUACAUCCUGGAGUACUGAAAAUGCAGCCCUGCAAACCAAAUUUCCUAAUGCAGCAAGAUGAAGGAUGGUGAAGGACUGGGGGCUUAGGGAGGUGUCCUGGCUGGGCGUGGGGUGGAGUGGCACACAGGUGCAUUUGUGCGCACGUGUGUGGAAGGGUGUGCGUGCAUGGGUGGGUGUACAUGUGUGUGCGUGCAUGCAUGGGUGUGAGAGUGUGUGUGAGUUUCCUGGUGACGAAGAGGAAAGAGGUUUAUUUCAUCAGCUCACAAUCCUGUGUGUUUCUUACUAGCAGAAAAAGUACUUUUUGCACAAUCUAAAAUUUCAGAGUGCUAGCUUUGACUUUUGCUCUUUGCCCUCUCUCCUGUUACGUAAAAGCACAGACAGUAUUUUUAGAAGCAUUUCUUCAGCUUUCCUAAUACUUGCCUUUCAGUUUCCUGCAUCCAGGGUGCUUUUCCGUGGAGUUAUUUGCUAUUUGUACUUACGCUGCGUAUUCAGGGUUACCUUUCUUCUAAGUAAAAUAUUAAUCUCCCUUCAAAAAAUUUAAAUAACAGCAACCUUUUCACAGCCCUCAGUGCUCUACAAAAUCACUAAGGAAACUGUAAAAAUUGUGUGUGAGAUCACGGAAAGUUGGGUUUCCCCUCCCAAGCUCCACAGGCGCUGAGCCACGUUCCACAUUUCAUGCAUAAGCUGGGCAACAAAGGCUGACGAACUCAAGAGCCCCGA